UGCGAGCCAGCAUUGACGACAGGCUCUCGCUGAGAAACAGCUUUAUAUACCAGAGCUAAAAUUAGGGGCGAGUAUUGCUCUACCUCCAUCCUGAACGUGUUUCCUCCGCUUACUACAAUUGGUCCAGCUUUUCAGCGACGAUAUUUAUAAGGUAGGCUCUCCUACCAAUCCAAAGUUACUUAUGCGUUUGAAUUACUCUACGAGAGUGGAGAAACAAGUCGAUCAGAGCAACUACUAGUAUUUCUCCACGGAACUGUAUUAGACGCACAUAUUACACCUGGCAACUGAAUCUUAACAAAGGAGAAAUUUUUAUUUCUCUCACUGCAUUUUUUGGAUAUGGCACUAGCCGCAACUAUUUUGCCGUCAAUCUCUACUUUUGCUGGUCAGAGGGAAAAAUAUUGGGAUAACAUUAGUAGGUGGAAGGGUGACAGUGACAGGACCAUGCAUUCCAGCUGUUCCAUAGUCGACAACACACCGAAAAUGGACAGCCUUGGAAGACCGGAGGAAGAGGAUCUUGACAAGUACUUGGACUUGGAUUUUAUUCUGGCGAAUACUCCUGUGACUGCAGUUACGGGCGAGUACAGGCUGCCAGAAUCAAACAAUAUGUUCAACGAGGGGAUCGCACCAAAUUCUUACCCGAUGCCCGAAAUCAACACUCCUCCUCCACCGUACACCACCAGCCUCAUGGCUGAACUUCUCAGGUCUGAGGUGGAUACCAGCUAUUGCCAACCGCACCCUGGCAACAACAUUCAAGGGAGAUUCCUUGUCAGAUCCUCCUUCUCAAGUCAGGAAUUUCUGGACAAUAUCAAAACAGAACCCACUAUGGACGGUUACGGGCCAGUCAUGGGGAUGGUACCUAAAAUCAAGCAAGAGGCGAACGUGUCCUGCAUGAUGUCUUUUGAGCAACCGAGAGUUGCACACUCUCCGCAAACAACCGGGAACAUGACUCCUCCGUUGAGUCCGAACGAUCUCUUGAACUCGGACUGCCAGUCUCAACUGUGCCACACGAUGUCGUUUCCCCAGGGCUACCCCUCUGCGGCGGGUUUCCCCCACUCAAACACGCACCCGCAUCAUCCUCCCACGCCUCAUCAAAUCCAAAUGCCGUACCCAAACGCGCAUCAUUACGGUAUGUGCGAAGACGGUCUCGGCGCAGCGAUGAACAAUCAAAGAGUUUUGUUAACACCCCCAUCAUCCCCGCUCGACAUCAUGGACGCAAAGCCCAAGAGAGGACGACGCACUUGGCCAAGAAAGCGGACGGCGACCCAUGUCUGCACGUUCGAAGGAUGCGGCAAGACAUACACCAAGAGCUCGCACUUGAAAGCGCACCACCGGACGCAUACAGGUGAGAAGCCAUACCACUGUAGCUGGGAAGGAUGCGGCUGGAAAUUCGCCCGGUCUGAUGAGUUGACCCGCCAUUUCCGUAAACACACCGGACACCGUCCUUUCCAGUGCCAUCUCUGCGAGCGCGCUUUCUCCAGGUCGGACCACCUUGCAUUGCAUAUGAAAAGGCAUAUGUAAGAGAUGGCCCUGAACCACCCAACGAACACUUUACACUGAUGCAGGCAUGCAAGAAAGUAUGCUUUUGAAAUUUGGAUUAUUUUUUAACUCAGCAUAUUUAAGGAUUUUCUAGGGAUAAACAAACGUUUGUCAGUAGGCCCACAGACGAACAUGGAUAAACUUGACAUAGUAUUCUAUAGAUCUGAAUUAUGUAGCUGGUACUACUUUUUUAACAAAUUAUAUUUUUAAGACUGUUAGAUAGGCUCUUAUCUGUCAUUAACAGUAGGCUGGACCUAAGUACACAACUGACUGGAAACAUACUGGAACCAUACAGCAAACCUCUAAAGAUUGUGAGCUGUUGUUUUUCUCACCACAUUGCCUUAUUUUAAACAAUGUAUUUACAUUCAUCGGAGUGCCAUUGCAUUUUUUGGCAAACAUAUAGGCCUAUAUAUAUUUUUGAAAGCUCUCAAUUUAAGAACAGCACAAGAAAUAAGCUUUAAGACAAUGUUUUUGAACUAAAACUGCCUUUUGGUCUCAGGCUUGAACUUGGUGUUUCAUGUGUGCCUUGUUUCAAAGAUUGUAAAUCAGGGUCUAUAACUAUGCUUUAACAUGUUUUAUCCAAACUGUUUCAAUUAAAACAUUCCAGACAGCCCCAAGUGUGUCACUGGGGACAAAGUGAAUUGUGCAAAAUGACAAGUUUUUUUUAUCUGAUGCCUUUUGACUUGUACAUAAUUUAUACGUUGUAUAUAGUGUAUUUUAUGUACAUAAUAAACUUUGAUUGAAAUAUU